AUGAAAUCAGCAUUCCUCAUUGUACUAAAUUUUCUGGUUCUGGCAAUUUCUUGCCUCAUCGUCUGUGGAAGAUCGUCCUUCUUUGCACUCUUCAAGACCAUUGCAUCUAAUAGACUACUCCAUCUUCUGCAUUCAUCUUUUAUCGCCAGUAUUAUACUUUCACUCAGCUCCUACUCUACAAACAAAAUACUAGGACAUCUGACCCCAUCGGAGUUUACCAUGUACAACGAGAAGGUAUACAACGUGAUGGGUGAUUUGGUGAUGCUUAUAAGCAUGUUUUCUCAUGAAGUGUCGGUUAAAUCAAUCAUAGUCUUCAGCAUUCUUUACUCCUUUAAGUCAUUUACCUGGACUUUGGACAUAAAAUCCCAGAAGAAUCCCAGCUAUAGGAUUGUAUAUGCAAGCGCAGCAGUUCAGACACUUACAUCUGCCAUUAUUAUGCACUAUUUAUCUUCAAGCACUGCAAUAUCCAUGCUUAUGAUCCUGGAGUAUUCCCUGAUUCUUCUUAGCCUAUUGAAGAACCAGUUAAUAAUGCUUUUAGAUAUUAACAAUAUAGAAAACAACCGAACACUAUUUGUCUCUAUCAUUAAGAUAGUCUUUCUUGCUCUGAAAAGUCUGGCCUUCUUGAUGUUUAUCCUAAGAUUCUCCGUACGCAAUAGGUUCCCCUACGGAAUUAUGAAAUCUUUGAUUUCCACCCUUCUGAAACUCUAUAAAAAGUCAGUACUAUUCAAAAAGUAUAUCAAACUACUUAUUGAUCUCGAGUCUAUCAGUGAGGUUGACGUAAAAGGCACAUGUGCAAUAUGUACCGACGAUAUCAUUAAGGGAAAGAAGCUCCAGUGCUCGCAUGUAUUUCAUUCAUCAUGCCUUAAGAUGUGGUGUGAAAGAGAAGUGUCAUGCCCUAUUUGCAGGGCUGACCUAGUCUUCAAAAGAGAGAUAAUACAUGAAACUGAGGACGAGAUAAUAUCAGGAGUGCCAAUAGAGAUUGAAGAAGCAACUGAUUAA